CACAAUACGUGCUGUCAACUUAGCGGGAAUUGAAACAUUGAACAGGCUUUUCCAAAAAAUAUAAUUAUAAUCGAUGAAAGAUUAAUUCCAUUUAAAUCAAUCUUCAGUACAUAAAAUGUUUGAGUGGGCUUAUAGUGGCGCAAACAAAGCUGUUCCUAGAAAUGUGGGACCCGAAUGUGCUUAUUAUUUAUCCACUAAACGGCAAAUAAUAGAAACAAUAGUCGUGGUUUCAAUUUGUGUAUAUAUUGCAAUUAAAACCUAUCCAAAAUUAACUAUACCUCAAGAUACAAAUUAUAUAAAAAGUGAUAGAGGUGGUAAAAGAUUAUUGGUAAUACUUCUGGCUCUGUUAUGGGGUAUGGAAAUUGGUUUUAAAUUUGCCUCUCGCACAGUUAUAUAUUUGUUGAAUCCUUGUCAUGUUACAACAUUGAUACAAAUAUAUUUAUUGGCUGCACCACCAAGUAAAACAGUGACAGCUUUGUUUCGCAUCCAUUUAAAUUUAUUAAAUGGACCCCUAUUGGCAUUUCUAUUUCCUGAAACUGCUUCAAGGAAGAUUUUUGCUGAAGCGGCUCUAUACUGGAUCCAACAUGGAAUGAUGUUUGUCAUACCAUAUUAUCUACUGAGGAUUGGUGGCCCCUACAACAUAGAACCCUUUUGGGAUUUUAAUUGGUCAAUAUUUAGCUAUUGCCUAAACAUGAUAUACCACUUCAUCAUUUUACAACUUAUUGCAAUUCCUGCUCAAGUAAACUUGAACCACAUGCUCUGCCCAGCUAUUUUAGAUCCAUUUGAUGGGCCUUGGUACAGAGUUGCAGCAGUUACCCACCAAGCACUACUGUGCCCAUUACUUUGUAAAAUGUUUUGUCUAAUUUCCGAUUUCUGCCUAACUAAAUUUCCGCCUACCAAAGUCAAGCCACAUAUGAAGGAUUCUCUUAUGGAUAGCCAUGCUGUUGCUGUGACAAACCCAGUGGAGCACCAUAAGGACUAGUAGCAGUUGCAUUUGGAACAAAAUAUGGCUGUAAUUCCUCUCAGGGUAGGUAAGACACUAAUAAUAAAAAUUGCCUUUUGAGUUGGAGAACAAUAUUUCAUCGCGUCCAUUUGGUUUUGGUGGUUAAUAUAUUAUUAGUAAGGUAAGGUUUAUUAAAUAGAUGUACGAAAUUUUGCAUGAAAUUUGUUGGUAAAAGGUAUACUAAACAAUUGUUAGCAAAUUUGAAUAUCUAAUAUGUAAACAACCUUAUGUUUAUUACAUGUGUACAAGCAUUGGAUUUUGGGUCAAUUCACAAUUAAAACUUGUAAUUAUAAUUACUAUUGAUACUUUAUUAGGUACUAGUUAUAAUUGCUUUGCGACAAUGCAUUUAGAUAUAUGCAGACUGUAGGAAUGAAAUAGCUCACUGUGCAAACACAUUUGUAGUGGUCACUUUGGAUUAUUGUUAACUAAAGUAAAGUACUUCGUAGUAACAAAAAUAAAUAAAUUAGGUUGCUGCAAGGUACCUUCUAUAAUAAAAUACGGAUAUACAGCUGCUCACCAUACAAGUAUGGGUUGAAGUAGUUGUAACGCCAUCAUAGUAACUGUAGUGUUAGCAAGUGUGUCGCCUAAUUCGUCUACGACGCUAGAUAAUACAAAAUAUUAUUUAAGAGAUGCGACUUUCGCUUGGUGGUUACGACUGUGAUUUACAAGUGCUGCAAUAAAACAACAACACACUUUUAUUGUUAUUGUAACAUAGUUAGUAAAUAUGUGGUAGAAUUCUAUUGUGAUCGGAAAUUUAUGGAUUGGGAAAAACAUUUUAUGUCUGGACAUGUGUCAACUUUGCCACAAAGAAACAACGCGACGUUUUAACGACUUAGUUGUGAUAUGAAAAAAACAUGUUUAUUUACAAUAAAUAUGUAAUACCGAAAUUCAUAUUAUUAAUAUUAAUAAUUAUUAAUUAUAACCACAUCUAAGACACAUACGUAAGCUGGUAUAGUAUCUAAGUAGGUACGUGUUACGCGAAGAAGUAUGUAGGUAGGUACCCUACAGAAAGAACUAAAGUUGUAAACGCAAAUUUUAGGCCUACCUUGUAACUUCAAAUUUCAGGACCCCAUUUGUAGGACCUACAAUUAGGUUAUUAUUAAGAUUUGAAGAAGUCAUUGCAAUGAUGUAUUUUCUGUAAGUACAUGUUUAAAUGUGAUAAUAUUCCCAAAUAUUAAACCUAGGUACUUUAUUUUUUUCGCAGACACUUAUUAAGUAAAUACGUAGGUAUCUAACCCAAAACAAAAUAGAUAUAAAUAUCUAUUUAUUUAUAGCUAUUUAUUUAUAUCAUGAUCAAGUUUAUAUAAAAACAGAAUUGAUCUAGGUACAUAUAUAACAUACAUACCUAAGCUUUUGGAAUAAGCUAUGGCGCUACUAAAUGUCGUUUGGCCGCCAAUAUAAAUAAAUAAGUAAAUAUGUUCAGUUUAAAUAACAUCCAGAAACUAUGGAAUUCUCAUUUACAUUUUUCUUAGUAUUGCAGCUGAAAGUAACUUUUAAUAAGUACUUAAGUUUAGGCAUAGCGUUUGACUCUUUUUGACUACCCACAUAAUUAUUAUAAUUAAAUACCUACCUACUAUUG